UAGAAGCAGUUCACUCAACUAUCAUCCAGGGUGCUAGGCGAAUCAGGAGCUUUUCAAGUGGAAUUUUUCCUUGUAAUUCCUAUUCUCAAUUUCACAGCACUCAACACAAGUUCAUUAAUCUUUUCUUUAAAAUAAAACCUGAGAACAAACUUCAUAGGUGGAUUAUCACUGCUUUUGCAAGGACUGACACAUCUACCAGAUUAUUCACCCAGAGAAAACAUGAAAGAAUAUCUGUUGCUUCUCUUCUUGGGUUUGUGCUCUGCCAAACGUUUCAUUGGCCCUUCAUACUUUACAUUAAAGCAUAUGAUGCUGCAAGAUAUGGAAGAUGAAAAUGACAACAACUCUAUAUUUACAACUAGAAGACCAAGUUCACCACAAAUUCCUUUUGAUAUAUUUCCAGUAUGCCCCUUUGGAUGUCAGUGUUAUAUGAGAGUUGUUCACUGCUCUGACCUUGGUUUGACUUCAGUACCAAGCAAUAUUCCACCUGAUACUCGCAUGAUAGACCUUCAAAACAACAAAAUUAAGGAGGUAAAGGAAAAUGAUUUCAAAGGACUCACAUCACUUUAUGCAUUGGCUUUGAACAACAACAAAAUAUCCAAGAUCCAUCCAAAAGCUUUUCAAUCAACAAAGAAGCUUCGACGGCUGUACUUGUCCCAUAACCAGCUAACUGAGAUCCCAGCAAACCUGCCAAAAUCUUUAGCAGAACUACGAAUACAUGAUAAUAAGGUUAAGAAAAUACAAAAGGAAGCAUUUGAGGGAAUGAAGGGUUUGCAUGUUUUGGAAAUGAGCGCAAAUCCUCUUGACAAUGAUGGAAUAGAACCAGGUGCUUUUGAAGGAGUGACAGUCUAUCAUAUCAGAAUUGCAGAAGCGAAACUGACCUCUGUUCCCAAAGGGCUACCAUCCUCUUUGUUAGAGCUUCAUCUAGACGACAACAAAAUUACAGCAAUUGAACUUGAGGAUUUUAUUCGGUACAAAGAUCUUCAAAGGCUGGGACUGGGAAACAAUAAAAUCAAAGAUGUAGAAAAUGGAAGUUUUUCCAGUAUACCAAAGGUACGAGAAAUACAUCUAGAGAACAACAAACUGAAAAAGGUUCCUCCUGGACUAUCUGAUCUGAAAUAUCUGCAGAUUGUCUUCCUUCACUCUAAUAAUAUCGCAAAAGUGGGAGUAAAUGAUUUCUGUCCAACUGGAGGAAGCACGAAGAAGACGUUAUACAGUGGCAUUAGUUUAUUCAACAACCCUGUGAAAUACUGGGAAGUUCAGCCUGCUACAUUUCGUUGUAUUUUAGGCAGAAAUAGUGUGCAGCUUGGGAAUUUCUGAAGUGAUUCAGAAGUUUGCAUAUUCCAAAACUAUCUUUACAUACCUAUGUUGUGUUGCUGAUUUUAUAAUACUUGAAAUCUAUUGUAAAAGGGCAAUUGUACACCCUUUAACCAGUUUACAAAAUACCAACACUAAUUUAGUGAUUGAAUAAUAGAAACAGACUAUACCAUAGCAGUCCUUUGUUUUAUUAGAUAAAAUUUAACUUACGUUUUUGAUUAAAUUACAUUCAAACCUUGAUUUUCAAGGAGAGGAGGACUCUUGAAAACUAUUAGAAACUGUAUUUUGAUGUUUCCUGUUACAUAUUUUCAAUUAUUUACUGCAAACUACUUUGUUUUUUUCCAAAACUG